CAAUUCAGCGCUGUCUUCAGCGUGAGCGUGCACAUCGGUCGCGCGUUCCUGUUCUGUACCCGUCUGCGCGAGCGCGAGGCUGAGUGAUUCAGUGCUGCUUUCGUUUUUUUUUUUACACGCACAGCGGUUCGGUCCUUGGCACCGCCAUCACCGAGACUUCACAGCAAAAAUGUCCAAAUUGGAGCAGAUCCUUAUUCUUGAUCCACCGCACGACCUCAGAUUUAAAGGACCUUUCACAGAUGUAGUCACCACAAACCUCAAGCUGAAGAACCCCUCAGAGAAAAGAGUAUGUUUCAAAGUGAAGACGACGGCGCCUCGCAGGUACUGCGUACGGCCAAACAGCGGCAUCAUCGACGCCGGAACCACCGUCACCGUCUCCGUCAUGCUACAGCCGUUUGACUAUGAUCCCAAUGAGAAAAGUAAACACAAAUUCAUGGUACAGACGACUUUUGCGCCUCCCAAUGUUUCAGACAUGGAAGCCGUGUGGAAAGAUGCAAAACCCGAUGAGCUCAUGGAUUCCAAGCUGAGAUGCGUCUUCGAACUACCUACUGAAAAUGAUAAAGUGCUUAACACCCCGUUGCAAAACGGCAAGAGUGUGGAAACAUGUGACCCAGGCUCCCUGGGCAGAGCUGGUCUCCCGCCCAGGCCACCUCCCACCCCCAGCGAGUUCCACACUCCCUUUGGCGCCCAGAGCCUGUACACGCCUGGCACCUUCGGCAGCGGGAUCAACCCACUGCAGCUAGGAGGCCUGUGUUCCCGGGUCUUAGCCAGAAAGAAUGACAUCGACUCGAGCAAAGCUGCAGUCCUCAACGCGUCCAAACUGGAAGGCCCGUCGGUGCCCAAGCCCAGCCCCGCCUCCCUGGACGACACCGAGAAGAAGAAGCUCAUGGAGGAAUGCAAGAGGCUUCAGUCCGAAGUCAUGAAACUUGAAGACGAAAACCGGCAACUCAAGGACGACGGUUUGAGGAUGAGGAAGAUCCAUCGUUCGGAUAACAUGGUAUCGAACACGUCCGCCCUGAUGGGCAGGGAUCAAGGCUCCAGCUCCCUCCCCUCCCUGCUCGUCGUCAUUGCCGCCAUUUUCAUCGGAUUCUUCCUAGGGAAGUUCAUCUUGUAGAGGGAAACCGCAUGCCAGCCCGGCUUCUGUUCAAAGGCCUGGAGAAAAAAAAAAAAAAAAGUCAUUUUUUUUUUCGUUGACCUGCCAUAUCAUUGGUAGUCCGGCACACAGUGAACAUGUUUGUGUACAGCAUCAUAAGCAGGCCUCGCCUUUAACAAUCGCUCACACGGUUAGUACACAUGCAGAAAAAGAGAACCAGAUUUCUCUUUUGUUGUUUUGUUUUUCCAGUUCUUUGGGAUGGGUGGGUUUUGGGGGGAAAUCACACGGAUAAACAAAAGUAAAUAAAAUUGUACAUUUAUCAGAGCAUCAAUAGCAGGAGAGUCAAGGUUCUGCAUAGAGGCCUUGAUGGAAAUUGAUAAAUAAAAGCAUUGUUCUCUCUUUUCUCUCUGUGGUUUUCAUAAGAGUUGAAUGGAAUGUUAAAGUGUCUUGUAAAUGUUAUUUUAAUCCUUUUAAGAAAAAAAAAGAAAAAACUAUAAAACAAAAAAGAGACUACCUGUUGCUGGAUUGCCUCAAAAUUUGUUUUGUCCAGUUCAUAAUACAAUAUUUUCUUGGGGAAUGUGAAGAGUUCUGCUGGGGAAAUCGGUGCCUCCCUUUUUAGAUAUUUCUCCGUCUUUUCCUGUCCCUGCUGACCCCCAACACAGAAAUUAUUAUUAUUAUUAUUAUUAUUAUUAUUAUUAUUAUUAUUGCUAAUACUCUUUUAUUUUUAUUUUUAUCGUGACACAAAUUAUUUAUCCCUUGUGAGGCAAAUGCUGACUGAAAAUAUGGUCUCCAUUCUUACAAAAUCUGUCCCAUGGUAUUUAACAUUGAAAAAAUAAAAAGUAUCUUUGACAUUG